ACCAGAGCAGGCACAUCGCUAGUAUUACAAAAACAGGCAGCCAGCAGUUUAUUUUAGCUACCGCAGCGCCUUAAACUCUGAAUUAAAUAGCUUACGAAUUCAUUUUGCGCUCGGAACGCCGCGUAACAUAGCCAGAACACUAAUGUCCAUAACCUUACUGCGAAGUGGCAAGCAAAAGACAACCACUUGCGUAGGAAUGACCGUAAUGGCCAAAACUACGUUUGAAGAAAUAUGCGAGAAUGCCAAAUUAGCACGGGAUAUGGCUCUAACGGGCAACUACGACUCGGCCUGCAUCUACUACGAGGGCCUUCAGGGGCUGCUCGCCCGCCAACUAAAGGCCACCGCGGAUCCGCUGCGCAAGGGCAAGUGGAGCAUGAUCAACCAGCAGAUUAGCCAGGAACACGCCAAAAUCAAGGCCCUUCAGAAAAGCCUACAAGACAUCUCGCUGGACCUGCAGUCAACCAAAUUUACUCACAAGCUGCGACACCAGCUCAGCGAAGAAAGCACCACCAGUAAAGAUCCUUCCGCCUGGUUCAAACCGGACCCCGACAUUUGGACGCCUCCGCCCAAGGACCCAGAUGUGUGGGGUCCGCCGAAACCAUCACUCCCCACACAGGCCGUUGGCCGACGAGCCGCACCGAACAACCGCCGCACCACUCCGGCAACGCAAAACAGUCGCCCAAACAGUACAAUCACACAAAGCACUGCCCGAAACGGUCCGGCCUCUACACGCAACUCCCGCAACUCAACGUCAGCCGCAGCACUGAACAGCGGAGCACGCACGACCAACGGAAGGGCUGGCGGUCGCAAGUUGUCCACAUCGAACACCAACGAGGCUAGGGACGACGACUCCACCGCUGCAGGAAUCAAUGGUGGAGCGGCCGGCGAAGGAGAAAGCGGCGAACCGCAGGCCGCCCAAGAAGAAGAGCGCAAGUUUCAGCCCAAUAACCACAUCGAAGCCGAGCUAGUCGACAUUCUUGAACGUGAUAUUCUUCAAAAGGAUCCCAAAGUGCGCUGGAGCGACAUUGCCGACCUGCACGAUGCCAAGCGAUUGCUGGAGGAGGCUGUCGUGCUGCCAAUGCUCAUGCCGGACUACUUCAAGGGUAUCCGGCGACCUUGGAAGGGUGUGUUAAUGGUGGGACCUCCAGGUACAGGCAAGACAAUGCUCGCCAAGGCGGUGGCAACCGAAUGCGGAACAACCUUCUUCAACGUGAGCUCGGCCACGCUAACAUCCAAGUACCGCGGUGAGUCAGAAAAGAUGGUGCGGCUUCUGUUUGAAAUGGCUAGGUUCUAUGCGCCCAGCACAAUUUUUAUCGACGAGAUCGACUCCCUGUGCUCUCGCAGAGGAUCGGAAUCGGAGCACGAGGCCUCCCGACGAGUGAAGUCGGAACUGCUGGUCCAAAUGGACGGCGUGGGUGGCGGAGAGGAACAGGCCAAGGUUGUGAUGGUGCUGGCCGCCACCAACUUUCCCUGGGACAUCGAUGAAGCUCUUCGGCGUCGUUUGGAAAAACGAAUUUACAUCCCACUGCCAUCGGAUGAAGGUCGCGAGGCGCUGCUUAAGAUUAAUCUCCGCGAGGUCAAGGUUGAUGAUAGCGUUGAUCUUACCUACGUAGCCAAUGAGCUGAAGGGCUAUUCCGGAGCUGACAUCACAAACGUGUGCAGGGAGGCUAGCAUGAUGUCGAUGCGGAGAAAGAUUGCAGGACUCACACCAGAGCAGAUUCGGCAGCUGGCAACGGAAGAGGUGGAUUUGCCCGUAUCCAACAAGGAUUUCAACGAGGCCAUGAGUCGCUGCAACAAAAGCGUGUCCCGGGCGGACCUGGACAAGUACGAAAAGUGGAUGAAGGAGUUUGGAUCAUCAUGAUGGUGUUGCCCACGAGAAUGGCUUGCGAUUGUAGAAAUAUAUUUUUGAAUAGCCUUAAACACUUGCUUAAGUCAUAAAGCUUUUAAAGUGAGAACCGAACCGACCCAAGCCGAAUGGAAGAAUUGAACAUAUUUUAUAUAUAACAUUUUGGAAACACGAUACAAUCUAUAUAUUUACAUAUAUACAUUGAACCGGAAGCCGCUGAAAAUAAAAAAGACUAACCGUUCUCAAAGAGGAAA